AUGAAACUGCCAUACCUUUUGAAAACUUUUUUAAGCUUAACUGAUGGAAGAGAGCCAUGGCAUAACACAUUUAUUCAUUUUUCGAAUGUCAUUAGUCCCAUUAGUGAGUGGAAACUAUUGACAAGAAACGUUUUACUCAUUGGAAAAACACUCGAUUCCAAUAUUCAAUUACUUGUCAAUUCUAAAAAUUUAUUCUUUUUGAGGAAAGUCAAGGAAAAUUCAUUGGAACGGUUAAAGUUUAAGGAUUGGAUUCAACGAAAGAAUUUUAGUUUUGAAUAUAUUCAUUACAACAUUGAAGCUGUGAAUAAGCGAGGUGCCACCAAUUCAACACUUCUUCCUUAUUCUUUCACACAUUUCACAACCAUUCCAAAUUGUUGCAAAGCGAAGAAAAAUAUUGUCAAAUCCAUUCUGAGUCAGAAAGGUUUAUUAUUGGAAUUUGUAUCUCCAGAAUUAAUGGAAGAUGAACAAGUUGUGUUGUGUGCCGUAAAACAAAAUCCAAAUGCUUUCAAAUUUUGUUCAGAGAGGAUGAAAAAUAAUGUGAGAGUGGUAUUAGAAACCGUUCGAAAAAGUGCCGAUCUUCUGAAAUAUGCUGGAGAUGUUCCAAAAAACAAUCAUGAGGUAGUUUUGACAGCAACCGCUCAUUGUAAAGACACUUUAGAAAAUUCGAUUCGAUUUGCAGGAGAGGCAUUGAAAGCAGAUAAGCAAUACAUGUUAAAAGUUGUGAAUAUUUGUGACAUGGCGUUUAAAUACGCUUCUGAAGAAUUAAGGAAUGAUCCAGAGGUGACUUUACAAGCUGUGAAAAAGAGAGGAUGUAUCUUACAGUAUGCAUCGAGAAACAUUCGACAAAAUAGACAUGUGGUACUGCAAGCCAUUGAAUGUGACGCAAAAGCUCUCAAAUAUGCCUCAGAAUUAUUGAGACAAGAUCGUUCUUUUAUUGUAGAAGCCAUUCAAUGCAAUCCAAAGGCACUCGAAAAUGCUCCUGAUGCGUUCAGGAAUGAUCGAGAAAUUGUUCGUCAAGCUGUUCAACGGGAUGGACUCACAUUGGCAUUUGCUUCCAAUGUGUUGAGAAAUGAUCUAUCGAUGGUUGUUUUGGCCAUGACACAAAAUCUAAAUGCAAUUCAGUUUGCUUCUAAUGAUGUUCAGUUUCAACUCAGUCAGCAUGAGAAUUAG